UUGUGAGUUGUACUUGGGCGAUUUUAUCCACCCAACAUCGCCAUCACCAUUAUCAUCUUCAUCGGGUUUCCACAGGACUCCACAUAAGUUGGUGCGACUCUGAAGCACAGAGGUCCGAGACCAAGAGAGAGAUUUAGAUAUGGCGGUGGCCAAUUCUUGGGGAGUGGGUCAAGCUAUGUCGGUUUCCCCAUUCAGACCCUUCUGUUGUUCUUCAGAUUUCUCGCCCAAGAAGUCUAUCUAUAAUCGACUCAGUUUCGUUCUGGGUUGGGGUUGUUCUCUUCCAACCAAGCCCCAAAUCUCUUCCUCUUCCUCUUCUUCUUCUUCUUCUUCUUCUUCUUCUAAGAAUCGCCGGAGCUCCAGCCUUUACUGCCGUUGCACUAACAGUUCUAGUGACUGUAAUGGGUCUUCUUUGGAAUGGGACUGGAAUAGGUGGAGUCGCCAUUUUUCUGAGACUGAACAAGCAGAGAGCUUUGCCUCCGUUCUCAAGUUCCAACUUGAGGAGGCAAUUGAGAAAGAAGACUUCCAAGAAGCUGCAAAGUUGAAAAUGGCCAUUGAAGAAGCUACGUCCAAGGACAGUGUUGCUGAAAUCAUGAAUCAGUUGCAGAUUGCAAUAGAUGAAGAGCGAUAUCACGAUGCUUCAAAAUUGUGUAAACACACAGGAAGUGGACUGGUAGGUUGGUGGGUGGGUUACCCAGAAGACUCGGACGAUCCCUUUGGCAGGUUAAUACACAUUGUCCCUGGAGUGGGCAGAUUUGUCGGUAGAAGUUACAGUCCAAGACAGUUAGUCACUGCAUCUUUGGGAACUCCACUUUUUGAAAUUUAUGUUGUAAAAAAUCACGAUGACACAUAUGUUAUGCAGAUUGUGUACUUGCAACGAGCCAAAGGCAAUUCAAAAAACUCCACUAUCUCACCAAAUAAACCUAUAAAAAGCCAAUCCACUUCAGAAGUUGAGAAUGAACCAGUGGUAGAUGUUCAGGAAAUUGAGGAGAAGGCAGAAAAAAGUGAGGAGAAAGGCAUUAAUAUUGAGGAAGCAACUGAGGAGGGAAUAAAAAGUGUGAUCAAUUUUCUUAAAGAUAAAAUUCCAGGACUGAAGGUUAAAGUCAUGAAUGUCAAUGUUAAUGAGGAAGUGACUGAGGAUGGUGAUUCGGUGAAGCAGUUGAUGCAAGAGAAUAAUGAGAAAGCAGAUUGCAGUGAUAUUUCUGAAGAUGAAGAAAGUAGUAGUUUGGAUGAGAUUCAGCCUGAUGAGGUCACUCUGGGAGAUAGUGAUACAACAGAAGAUGAAAAGGAAUUGGACAUGAAGCUUUUCAUUGGUGGAAUUGUACAUAACAUUGAAGAUACUUCCACUAAAGAUGACUAUGUGCGUCACCCAGCUGAAAUAAAAGAUAUGGAGAGGGAUUCCUUUCUGCUGCAUAUUCCUGGCAGAAAUCUUGAUUCUGAUACCAAAGAAGAUAAAAUGUCAAAAGUCAAAGUGGCAGCUCUUGCAGCUCAAGGUGUCUCUGAGCUUAUGCCUCCUGAUGUUGCCAAGGCAUUUUUGAAGUCUGACAAGAUUUCUUCAAAGGUUUCAAGAAAUGUUCGUGAAAUUGUUAAACUUGCUGUUAGUCAAGCACAGAAAAGGAGUACGUUAUCUGAAUACACCAAGUUCAGUCGAAUUGCCACUUCUGAAGGAGAUCUAGACCCAUUUGAUGGCCUAUAUGUUGGUUCAUUUGGCCCGUAUGGCACUGAGGUAGUACAACUCAGGCGUAAAUUUGGCCACUGGAAGGGUUCGGAUGUUAAAGGCAAUUCUUCAGAUGUGGAGUUCUUUGAAUAUGUUGAGGCAGUGAAACUAACUGGAGAUCUGAAUGUUCCUGCUGGCCAGGUGACAUUCCGUGCUAAAAUUGGGAGAGGGAACCGUGUUUCCAACCGAGGGAUGUAUCCAGAGGAAUUAGGAGUGGUUGCAAGCUAUAAAGGUCAAGGAAGAAUAGCUGAAUUUGGGUUUCGGAAUCCACAAUGGGUUGAUGGAGAACUUCUACAGCUCAAUGGCAAGGGUAUGGGACCAUUUGUGAAAGGUGCAGAUUUAGGUUUCCUAUAUGUUGUUCCUGAGCAAAGUUUUCUUGUGCUGUUUAACCGUUUGAAACUACCACACUGAGCAUCACACUCUCUUCAAAUAUCAAGCUCUUACCCCAUCUUCAUAGGACAACAAAUAUCUAUAUAAAGCGCGCAACACUGAAGAAAUCUUAUCUGUAAGGUGUUUGCACAAAAAAUGCAGUUUUCCCUACUUACUUCUUACUACUUAUAGGUGCAUGUACGUAUUUAUUUAUUUAUUUCGAGCGUUUUCGAUAUAGUCAUCGAAUCCAUUCUCUUUUUCCUUCACUGGCUAAUUUGAGAGAUGUAUAUCAUUUUUGCUGACUGAAAAUGUAUAAUCUGACAAGUAAUAAACUGGACGAGUAGUUCUUUUUUGUGACAA